AUGGCGACCAAAUCUGCGAGCGUCAAGACAACCUCACCGCCAGACUUCCCCUUCGCACGUCCCUCCGGCGCAGAGCCUGCUAUUGAAUAUGCAAAGCUGAGAGAAGAACAACCGAUCUCACGUGUCAAGCUAUGGGAUGGCAGCGAGCCGUAUCUUGUCGUCAAUCACAAAGACAUCACGCAAGUUCUGACGGACAGUCGGUUGUCAAAGCAACGUCAGCGGGCCGGGUUCCCUGAGAUGACUCCAGGAGGCAAAGAAGCGGCGAAGAAUAAGCCGACUUUUGUCGAUAUGGACCCACCGGACCAUGAAAGGCAAAGAAGCAUGGUAGAGUCAUAUUUCAGUAAGACCAGUGUCGACGCUAUGAGACCGAAAAUUCAGAAGACCGUCGAUACACUUCUAGAUCAGAUUGCGGCGAAGGGCUCCGGCGCCCCUUUAGACCUGGUCGAGAAGUUUUCUUUGCCAGUUCCUUCAUUCAUCAUCUACGGUAUUCUUGGCGUGCCUCUUCACGAUCUGGAUUUCCUGACACAACAAGCCGCAAUUCGUUCCAAUGGCUCAGCAACCGCCACCGAAGCCUCCCAGGCGAACUCAGUUCUUCUUGACUAUCUUGCAUCAUUGGUAGACAAGCGCGUCCAGCAUCCAGAGGAGGACUUGAUCGGCACAUUGGUGAAGGAACAGGUCAAGCCCGGCCACAUCACGAAGGACGACGCCGUCCAAAUCGCAUUCCUUCUCCUGGUAGCCGGCAAUGCGACCAUGGUAAACAUGAUCAACCUUGGAGUUGUCACUUUACUGCAGCACCCAAAGCAACUGCAAGACCUGAAGAGCGACCCCAGCCUUGCACGAAAGUUCGUGGAGGAGCUAUGUCGCUUCCACCAAGGUUCAGCGAUGGCGACGCGGCGCGUGGCGACUUGUGAUGUCACAUACGGCGGAAAGGUCAUCAAAGCUGGCGAAGGCAUCAUAGCAGCAUGCCAGUCUGGGAAUCGCGAUAGUGCCGUCUUUCCUAAACCGGACGAGUUCAACCUCCAUCGAACAUUCGACCCCAAGGACUCUCUUGGUUUCGGAUACGGGGCGCAUCGCUGCAUUGCCGAGGAACUUGCGAAGACCGAGUUAGAAAUUGUGUUUGCAACAUUGUUCCAGAAGCUGCCGAAUCUGACUCUGGCGAUCCCACUCGACGAGGUGGAAUACUCGCCGCCCACGAAGGACAUUGGGAUCGCACAGCUUCCAGUCAUCUUCUAG